ACGAAAUCGUCUCCGAAAUCAACUCCCUCUCGAUUUCACAACUUCCUUCAAAUUUUUAAUGGCGACUUCGAGCAACAACCGAUGGCUUCCUCUCGAAGCCAAUCCCGAUGUCAUGAAUCAGUUCAUUUGGGGCCUCGGAGUUCCUGAGGACGAAGCCGAGUUCAAUGACGUGUACGGUCUUGAUCCGGAGCUUCUAGAAUGGAUACCGAAGCCAGUGCUCGCUGUUCUCUUCCUCUUUCCUGUUUCCUCUCAGUUGGAAACUGAGAGAAAGGAAGAGGAGGUCUUGGGGAAGGAACCCAGUGAUAAGGUAUAUUUCUUGAAACAAACAGUGGCUAAUGCUUGUGGAACCGUUGGUGUCCUUCAUGCUAUAGGAAAUGCAACUUCAGAAAUCAAGUUGAGUGAAGGUUCAUUCUUGGAUAGGUUCUUCACAUCAACAGUGAAUAUGGAUCCGUUUGAGCGUGCUGCGUUUCUUGAAAAGGACAAAGAAGUGGAGAAUGCCCAUUCCAUGGCAGCUAAUGCUGGGGAUACACAGGCUUCUCCGGAUGUGAAUGAACAUUAUAUUUGCUUCACCUGUGUUGAUGGAGAACUUUAUCAGCUUGAUGGGAGAAAAUCUCAACCGAUAUCCCAUGGUCCAUCAUCACCUGAUAGCUUGUUGCAGGAUGGCGCAGAUGUCAUCAAAGGCAUCAUCCAGAAAAACCCUAAUUCACUUAACUUCAAUGUCAUGGCACUCUCAAAGAAAGUUAAGUAAGGGGAUAUAACUGAAAUAAUUCAUACGCCAUCAAGAGCAGAAAGUAUUUUCUUCGAGAGUGUGAUGGCUUGGAAUGUUUAAUGUUAUUUUCCAAGGGCGCAAUGUAAAUCUUUGACGACCUUCGCCCAUGUAUAGAACCAGAGUUCUUACCGUAUUUAUGUUGUACAAUCUUCAGUUUAUCUUCUUCAAAUUUCCUCUUGUUUUGCUUU